CCUCUCUUCAUCAUCAUCAUCAUCAUCAUCAUCAUCAUCAUCAUCAUCAUUAUUAUUAUCACAGAACACGUUACUCCUCACUCCAUCAUGUAACCCACCUGCUUCCCUGCUUACCACAUGACUGCUGAUGUCAGCCAAGCACCACAGAGUCAAAGCUGGGAGACCUGUAGACAAAAUGGUGUUUGUGCGUCCGUCCAGCAGAGUGAGCAUGUGUGAGCAAUGUGGGCUAAGUGGGAAAGAAGAAAAAGAAGAAGAAGAAGAAGAGGAGGAAGGAUGGAUGGUUGGCUGGAUCGAGGGAAGGGGGGGAGAAGAAAAAAGAGAAAGCGCCAUUUAAACAAAUGGCAAUAAAUACACAACACAAUCGCUCCUCUUAUAGCUCCGCCGUGCGCGCGUUGCACCCCCACCUCCACCUCCACCAGCAGCAUAUGUAUUUAUGAAGUUCAGCAGCCAUAUGAGAAAAUUAGCCUCUGUAUUCACCGGGGUCCUCCCACCCCUCUCUCUCUCUCUCUGUCUUGUUCUCUAAUCCGCCCACAUGUAUCGUCUGAGGAGAAAAAAAAAAAUAGUGCAGAAGGUGACGCUCCUCCAAAAGGGAACAGAGAGAGGCACACACGCGCGCGCGCCACAGAGAGAGGGAAAGGCAAAGAAAAAAGAGAGAGGUGUCUACAAGAGCUGCGUCUCCAUUGAAAACCUUUUUUUUGGCAAAGAGGUGGGAGACGAGGGAGGAAGGAGAAGGAGCUGAAUGGGUAGCUGCGCCCUGCGCCUGGAAGCGUAGAGAGAGGGGGAGAGAAAGAGAGAGGGAGAGAGAGAGAGAGAGACACUGUGACAAAGGCUGGCAAUUAUUUUUGGCAAUAACAAAGAGGUGGGAGAGGAAACAACAACAACAAAAUUACAACACAACAACAACAACAAGGCAGCUUUUCUUGGGGGACUUCUGCUUCAUUUUGCUCAUCCGAAAAAAAAAAAAAGACUGGUCCACUUGCCAUCAUCAGCAUGACCACACAGCUAUAAGUCACAUUGGGCAAUAGCAGCGUGUCUUUAAAAAAAAAAAAGAGAAGAAAAAAAAAGAAAAAAGGAAGAAGAAAAAAAAACGUGAUUUCCAGCAACAGACGCGCGCAAUCCCAUUCUCAUUUCUUACAAAUCGCGUCAGCCUGUGAGUGCCUGCGAGACAAACACUGGAUAUACUCUCUGGCAAAAAAACAGAAGAGAGAAAAAAAAGAGCAAGAACUGCCCAUUUUGAUUUGAUCUCCCCUUUUCUUCUUCUUCUUCUUCUUUAACACAAAAAGAACAACAACACAAAAUCAGCUUCAUGUGCGUGUUUCUGCACGCGCCCGAAACGAGCCUGAACCGAAAGCAAACUCCUCAGACUCCUCCCUCCUCCUCCUCCUCCUCCUCCCUUCGGUUUCUCUCAUCCUCUCCCUCCCCCCCGGUCCUCUAUGCUCAGUUCGGUGUGUGUAUCCUCUUUCAAAGGGCGCAAGGGUGGGAACAAGUCGUCCAACAAAGCAUGUUACAGCGCAGACAUGACUUGUCCGUCGGAAAGCGAGAAAAUCGUGAUAAACUGCGGGGGGGUGCGGCAUGAGACCUACCGGAGCACCCUAAAAACGCUGCCCGGCACCCGCCUGUCGUGGCUCACCGAGCCGGACGCGUUCAGCAACUUCGACUAUGACCCCAAAUUAGACGAGUUCUUCUUCGACCGCCACCCGUCGGUGUUCUCCUUCAUCCUCAACUAUUACCGCACCGGGAAGUUGCACUGUCCCAACGAUGUGUGCGGCCCCCUGUUCGAAGAGGAGCUGGCCUUCUGGGGCAUCGAUGAGACGGACGUGGAGGCGUGCUGCUGGAUGAAUUACCGGCAGCACCGGGAUGCGGAGGAGGCACUGGACAGCUUCGAGAAUCCGGAGCCGGACGCGCCGGACGACGACCCGGCACUGGGCGGCGCGGACGGGGACUUGAAAAGAUUGUGCAUGCAGGAGGACGCGAGGAAAGCCGGCUGGUGGAAAACCUGGCAGCCCAGAAUAUGGGCUCUGUUCGAGGACCCCUACUCCUCCAAAUACGCCCGGUAUGUGGCAUUUGGCUCCCUAUUCUUCAUCCUCAUCUCCAUCUCCACUUUCUGCAUGGAGACGCAUGAGGCCUUCAACACAAUUAUCAACAAGACAGAGAUCGUCACCGUGGGCAACAUGACCCACGAGGAGAUUGUAUAUGAGGUGGUGACCGACAGCUGGUUGACGUACGUGGAGGGCGUGUGCGUCAUCUGGUUCACCAUUGAGGUCCUGCUGCGAGUCACCUUCUGCCCAGACAAGUUGGAGUUCUUCAAAAGCACCCUCAACAUCAUCGAUUUUGUUGCCAUCCUGCCCUUCUAUCUGGAGGUGGGCCUGAGUGGUCUCUCCUCCAAAGCUGCCAAGGAUGUCCUGGGGUUCCUCCGUGUGGUCCGGUUUGUCCGUAUCCUCCGAAUCUUCAAGCUGACCCGCCACUUUGUGGGUCUCCGUGUCCUCGGCCACACCCUGCGUGCCAGCACCAAUGAAUUCCUCCUGCUCAUCAUCUUCUUGGCCCUUGGUGUCCUCAUCUUUGCCACUAUGAUCUACUAUGCUGAACGUAUCGGCGCCGACCCAGAUGACCCAACUGCCAGCGCCCACACCAACUUCAAGAACAUUCCCAUUGGAUUUUGGUGGGCUGUUGUGACCAUGACCACGCUGGGCUAUGGAGAUAUGUAUCCAGAGACGUGGUCAGGGAUGCUGGUGGGCGCACUGUGUGCCUUGGCUGGUGUGCUGACCAUUGCUAUGCCUGUACCUGUAAUUGUCAACAACUUCGGCAUGUACUACUCUCUGGCCAUGGCCAAGCAAAAGCUGCCCAAAAAGAAGAACAAGCAUAUCCCCCGAGCGCCUCAACCAGGGUCCCCCAACUACUGCAAGCCGGAUGCCCUGGCCAUGGCGACCGCGUCACCGCAGAGGCUGUUGGGAAAUGUUCUGGGUGGAGUGAUGGGGUCUGGAGGCAUAGGGGGCGACUGUCCUCUCGCUCAAGAAGAGAUUAUAGAGAUUAACAGAGAUUCCAAGCAGAACGGUGAUGCAGCCUCGGCCGCCCUGGCUAACGAGGACUGCCCCACCAUCGACCAGGUGCUGAGUCCAGACGAGAGGAGCCCUAUCGGGCGGGGGCCUACCCGGGAACGCUACCAGCAGGACCGUGCCUGCUUCCUGCUCAACACCAGGGAAUUCCGUGCCACAGAUGGGAAUGUGCGGAAAGGCCGCCACUGCAGUGCAAGUGUAACUAAAGUCUGACUGUAGCAACUGGCUACGAGAAAUCUCGCAGCCUCAAUAACAUAUCGGGAAUGGCCGGGUCAUCCCUGCGGCUCGCUCCUAUCACUAGCCCACCCUUUGAAACCUAUGAGGCCCCUGGACCACUGCGCCGCUGUCGUUCCCCCAUCCCCUCCAUUUUGUAGAAGAAAGGAUGUUCAUGAUUGGAUGAUAAGAGAUGUAGUGGAUUAGCUAUGGACUAAUCACACUGAAGCCUCCAUUUGGAUCGUACCCUGAGCAAAAACAAUAGCAAUAACAUGAAAUGAACUUGAAUGUAGAGAGAAUGACCUCUUGUCGUUUGAAUUUAAUUGUUUAUGAUGCAUGCAUCAGGUUAGCUGAUGGGGGUCAAAUAAACUGGCUUUAAGGCUACUAGCUCUAGCUUUAAAGAUACAAAGUUAAUUUAAAUUAUUAGAAGUGUAAAAAUUAAGUAUUUGGAUCAGUUAGUAAAUUAAAUAAUGUGAGAGGUUUCAAAAAAGUAUGAUGAAAACAUGUGCACAGUUACAUUUUAAAACUUAGAAUUAAGUGUGUAGAUGGACGUCCAUUUUUAAAUGUUCUGUACCAAACAAACCGGAGCUCACAACACUGUCCAGAGAAAUGACCAUGAAACCAGAUACUUCAGUUCAUUUAGCCAAAGACAAAAAUACGUUUAUAGAUUAUAUUGAUGUUGAAUAGGUUUCUACUUUCUGUCGUUUGUGAAUAUCGAUGUAUGUACAGUGUAGACAUCAUUUUGUUAAUUCUCUCUGAAGAAAAACAGACUCGGCUUCUUUAAGUCUCAAUGUUGACACUUAAUUUUGUAUCAUACCAUUGUGACAUCAUCAGACACUUUAUGUUGAUAGUUAACACAGCAAAGCUAAGCGAUGUCACAUGUGAAAUAGAACAAAAAAUAAAACAAAAACCUUAGCUUGAAUAAAAGAUAUUGAAUACAUUAAAAGUAUUGUACCAUAAGAGCUAUCUGAAAUUGUGCAGCCUAACGACUUUUAAAAACUGAAGUUUGUUUUAUUACAGUGCUGUUAAGGCCGCAUGUAUGAAAUUGUUAUCUUACAUUGUACAGGUGUAAAGGUCGAUUAAGUCACUUUUCCUUUGACAGUUACAAGCAUGUUGUCUAAUACAUUGAUAUAUACUUAUCCAUAUGCAAUUAUAACAAUCAUAAUGGGCAGGGUGAGGUUAGUUGGAGUGAAUUGGAGACCACUUCAUGGACGGGCCAUUGCAGUGUCCAAGACAAGCCUUGUGUGAUUGAUAAAGCUAGCAAAGAUAGCAUACGCGUGUAAUUUACUGCUGGCCAUAGCCAAUAGAUCACACAAAUGGUUGUCGGUCCGACAAAAUGUUAUGUAAUGCCAAGGAACUUGAGCAUUUAAAGUGUUUUCAGUCAACUGAUAAACAGUAAACUGGAGGGUUUUUUUUUUUAUAUACAAUAUCCAAACAUUUAAGUGCAAUAAUUUAGGAAAUAGGAAAUUGAGAACUAAUUGAUAAGUAGAGCUGUCUGGCUAGCAACAUGCUAACUGUUUUUGGUUUCCCAAACAGUCUUUGGAAAAGGAGCACAAUUCAGCUUUCACAUUCUCAGUUAAUUUUUAUUUGUGGUCGUAAAUGACUUAGUCAAACUUUGAAAAAAUGCUUCUCUGGACAGUUACAUAAAAUUAAAUAUGUACUUGUAGGCCUGCAAUUUUUCAAAUAAAUCUAAACAAAAUAUAUCUAGAAUGUUACUUAAAAUUAAUGAUAAACUAAAUGCAAAGAAAGCCUGUAAAGUCAGAUAUGAAUGACUACAUAAUUGAUUACACUGUUAAAACAAAUGCACUUUACUAACAGUCAGUAUAAAUUUAUUAACCUUUAACGCUUGCACGUUGGCGUACACAGAAUAUAUUAUAUAUAAGUGAAUUGAUUGAACAUGUGAGACCACCCUGUCAAACAAACAAUGAUAAACUUUUCUAAACAUUUAUUUUGCUUCUUUUUUACUUUUGAUAUUUGUUUACAUGUAUUUUCUUCAUUUCUUAUUUCAUUUUUAUUAUUGUUUUUGAUUAAAAUGUUAGUCAAACAGUUUUAAAAAAAAUAUCCAAAUGACAAAUUGCAAUCUGUUGGUUAAUCUUAAAAAAUGUGCAGUGGUUACAAUAUACAGUUUCCCUCUAUACUUUUAUAUAAGCAAUCUCGUGGUAGACAAUUUCUUGCUCGGAUUGUCGUCCUCACAUUAAAGAAUAGAAUGUUAUUGGUUGAGCAAAAAUGAUUUUAAAUGAAUAACACAUUCACAUAUGCAAUAAACAUGCAAUAUUAUUUUAAUGCUGGAAAACAUACUGUGCACAUACAUAUGUAAAUAUGCAGAUCUAUUUUUAAUCUUAAAAUGAACAGACUCUGUUGGCAGUUUAAUUAUUAUGUCUAAUUUAGCCUUGCUGUUCCAGAAGAAUAGAGAAGUAUUAUGAUGACAUGAGCCAUUUGUGUUGUUUCAUUUCAAGUCAGUGUGGCCUUACUGGUCCUUCAGAUUUUUUUUAAUGUUGUGGUUGCCAUUCUCAAUUGUUUCAGUUUUGUAACAGUCUUACGUUUUCUUCACUUGUGCUGGUGAUUUGUAUUUUAUUGUAAGGAAUGACUUUUCUGUGCCACUGAUUGUCUGAGAUAAGGUUUAUCAAGAAAAAAACAAAUGUUCUAUUUAACUGUACUUGAGUUCAUAGCUAAAAGAACUGUAGUAAGACUGAAAUCACCAGGACAAACUGUAAGUGCUUUAGAACCAACAAUUUUUGCAGGUGUAAUGGGAGAGCAUUUGCAUACUUGUUAAAAAAUAUCAGGUCCUGAUAUUGUUACUGUCAAUGUCCAUGGUCCUGACUGCCAUUUUGUCUAAAAAAGAAUCAAUGUGCUUCCAGAUCCCUAAACGUUGAGACCUUAGAUAUGCAGUAUAAUGAUUGAAGAUGAAAGUUAUGACAUCACUUCAACAAUUAUUUCAAUCGGAUGUUGACCAAGGUUUGUAAAAGUCUCAUUUAGAAUAGAUCCUACCUUUUAGUCACUGCAAGAUGUAACGCUUGCCUGGCUUCAUCUGAUACGGGUUUUUGACAGCCAUCGCACAUAUUUUCAGACUGAGGUUACUAAUAGUUGUGCUUAUACUCAAAAUUGUUACAUUUCACCAUUAUGAUGUCAAAAAAAAGAAAAAAAAUACAAUUAUUUAAUGUUGUCUGAAAAUAUUUGAAACAGCAUGCAGAGCUUUGUUUCUCCAGUGAAUCCAAGCAUUUUGACAGCAGCUCCUUAAUGUAUUAUGUCAACCUUGAAUUUAGGGAAGGUAGGUUAACUCUGGGAUAGUAUGUUUUUAAAUGGAUUUAACUUGUAGAACAAUUUAUGAUACCGUGUAAAACGACACACUCAGAUUGGCCUUGUUUCAAUCCUCAAAGCUAAUCUUACUCCACAUCAGCGCACAAAACCUCAUUAAACUUUUAAAGUGCACAUGCAUACCAUAUAAUGACUCCACAAUGUGGAUGCUUGUAGUUUGCAUUAUACUGGUAUGCCACUAUUUUGGAAUGUACAUUUUUUUUGUUACAGAAUGGAGAAUGUCCAUCCAUCCCAUAUAUCUGCAAUGGGAUGUUUUAUUUUAUUUGAUGCUACAAUUGACUGAUGGGUGAGAGGAACCCUGACAUAAUCUCACACAUCACCACUUAGACUUUGACAUUUAUGAUUUUAGAAGUAGUGUGCUUAUAUUUUGCUUUUCUACUGUUUGGAAAAAAUAAUCGGAAGAAUGUCAUAACUGUGGUUCUGUUGGGUUAGAAGAAUCACGUAACAUAGUUGUGGCCAAUGCAAAAAUCACCUAGGACACUCUGAUGUAAACAUUGUUUAAGUAAACAGAACAGGCAGAUGUUGUAAGUGCCUCUAUGAGGCCCCUGUAGGCUCUGAUGUCAAUUUAGGAGUUCAUGCAAACUAGCUAGAUUUAACUAGCUAAACCUUCGAAGCAAUGCUUAUAAGUCAGUGAUUAUUAUUGAAUAUGUACAUAUCUGUAUCUACACAUGUGAAUACAUUAAAGUCAUAUGAAAUUGAUAUAUCCAUGUAUACUUUGUGAGUGUGGGGCAGAGGGUCUCAUAGCAAAUGAUUCUAAAAGAGUUGAAUGGUCUAAUAUGUUUGUCAGCAGAAGGGUGAAUGGUUUCAUACUGCAAAUUAAUCAAUGCAGCAGUGCCAAGCUAACCUAGGCACACCACUUAUUUGCAGAGCCUGGCUUUCAUACAAUAUGUACAUUUAUGUGUGUAUAUUUGUUAUUUUUCUGUACCAUUGGCACAUGGCCUGGUUAUUUUCAAGGCAUGAAUUUUUAAUUCGGCUGUAUUGACAAAGAGUGCAUUGUUGGUUCUGCGUUUUUUGCUUUGGUCCUAUGUGGGGUAAAGGCACUGUAUUCUACUGGACAUAGAUUAAAUGUAAAUGUACAUUACAUGUAAAUUUUUCAAUGGUUGUUGCUAAUGUAUCCUUAAUGGCACGUGUGGUAUGGUACAUGUACAACUUUGAGGGGGGAAAAAACACUUGCAGAGACUGUUAGAGUAUUAUGUUUAGAUUUGGUGAAGAUGGCAAUUCUAAAUACUGUUGUUCUGUGGGUACAGCCUUUUAAUAUGUGAAAGGAAGGGGAGGCGAGGGUGUUGCUUGAUCGCAUUUUAAUCGCGCCAUGAGAAGACUGACACCAGUCAAACCUCUGUAUGUCUUACUAUGGUGCAUAAUAUGAUGUUGUGUGAUGUUAAGAAGAUGUUUACCCUAGCUUGUAAUGUUCACAUAAUCAGUGCCAUAUAAUUAUCGUGGACUUAAGCAAAAAAUUAUGUAAUGUUGAGCAUACUGAGGUAAAACAGCCGUCCGUCCUCUUGUAGCAAAAUGAUCAAGUGCUCACUAAGAAGCUGGACCCAGAUGUCUUGCCACACUAACAUUGGCAUUUACAGUAUAUACAAUUUUUUUCAUAAGUGCAGUUAGAAUAACUUUACAUUAAUCUGAAUUUAUUGAACUGAGCUGAGAGUGAUUUCACAAAUAAGCAGAACAGUAAUGUGAAAGGACGAUUUCAAGUACACCACAAGCCUCAAAGUACUUUUUAGACAAUAUAUCAUUUGGUAAUGUUGGAAUAAGACUGAUCAACUUUGACCUUAUACUAUGGUAUCAUCAGUGACUAAGCAGUUAAGGUUUAUAAUUCCAGCGGCCAAAAUAAUGUUGCAACAACACAAAGGCUGCUUUGGCACCAUUUUCGGAUGUUGCUGCUGCCAGAACAAGACAGACAGAAAGACAGGAAAAAGUCUGUUGUAUGUCCAAACAAACAGCACCGCGUUAGUAUCAAACAACAGAUCGUGUCUUCUAGACUUGUGUAGAUGUGCAGGAUUUUGUGAACAACUUAGUGUAACACAGGAGAGGGCAUAUACAGGAAUUUAUAAAUCUGGUACUUAAAUUCUAUUCAAUUAUUUGUGAGUGGACAUAAAUACUAUUUUAAUACGAUUACAAAGUCUCUGCUUGAUGGGUUAGAUUAAUAGGUGCCGAUUCUCCCUUAUAAUCUAGGAUGCAUUGGUGCCUUUUUCUAUCAUUUAACUAAAUUCCUAACAUUUAACAUACAACUGGUCUUUAGAACAUAUGAACUGUGUCUUGAUAACAGCUUUUCUCUGGAGAGAACUGCAACUAUAAAGUGGAAAAUGGCAGAGGAAGAGGGGACAGAAGAGCAGACGGGAAGAGCUAAUGCGGCUGCAAUAAAGGAUAAUGUUUGUACUGGGCUGAUGUUUGCUGGUGAGACCGCAACAGAAGUGUUUAACCUCCCAGUAAAUAAUACAUGAUGCCGGCACAUGUGACACAGGAAGCGUUUGUCAUAACUGUAGGCAAAGAAUUGAAAAAUAUUCAACCUACUGUUGUGGACAGACACGCCCUUGAAUUCACGCCUGUGUUUUCAUGGCGCAUAAGCCUCCUGAGAUGGUACUGGUCAAAUGUAUUAAUUACAACAAGUACGAGGAUCCCUCUUGUAAAUGUGGAAGCUGCCACAAACAGCACUGAGUAUGUUCGUAUGUGUCCAUCUGUCAAAAAUGUGUUUUUUCAUGAAGUGUACAUAUCAUUCCAAAGAAACUGUUCGCACACACACACACACACACACACACACACACACACACACACACACACACACACACACACACACACACACACACUGACACAUACACAUGACGCAUUAGUGAAUAACUGGUCAUCAUCUCCCUAUCACCAAAUAUUGUUCUCUUUGAAAUGCUCUGUACAUAAUUCACUCCUGUAGAGAUGGUGGCCAUGUGUGUUGAGAUUUGGCAGAGUGCAGAGCUUGGUGCUGGUCAGUUGGCUGGCGGUUUGUUUCAUUCAGUCUGUUGCUUGUUUCUCCAGUAUUGUCAGCCACCAGUUUUAUUGUCACCAUUUCUUGAUUGUGUUGUUCAAGACUAACUUAUGUGCCAGCUCUCUGUCUGUAUGUUGGAGAUAGACUGUUUCUGUAGCUGUACUAGCUUUGUCAUUACAGUUUAAAUGUGUGCACUUUAUUCUGACAUGCACAGUUACCCAGAAGUUUACAGGUAAUGGUAAUCCCUGAUUACUUCCCUAUUGUAUACUGUCAGUAACACCGUGGAUCUGUGUUUUGGAAAUGUAAUUGGCAAACUCCAAAUACAAGAACAACAGAAAUCAUUCAUUUAUGAUCAUGAUUGGUUUGUAUUAGUUGAGCACCACUUUUAUAAACCAAUCUAGAAACAACUGUAAUGUUACGAGUUUCAAUUUCACUGAACAUGAUUUCUUGCAAAAUACUGUAUGUUGAUUCUGUAUGAACUUAACAUUAAUGGCUUUCUGUUCUUGUCUUCACAGUGUUAAGUUUCUAGCACUCGCCUUCUCUCUAAUGAGGAGUCUGUAAGCGGUAAACACAAAUUUGCAGCGGGAGCCACGUAAGCGACAGGUGUGACACGGAUGGACAGUUUAAAGGAGAUCUUUGGGGUGACAAGAGAGAGACCAGAGGUUAAUCAUGAAUUAAAACAUCUUAUGGUCUUCUCCUCACGUUGUUACCAAAGCAGCCUCUCGGAACUCCAACCACAUUUUUCGACAACUGUCUGACUGACAAUUUUUUUCCUUUUUUUUUUCUUUUUUUCGGCAAACUGACUGAGCAUUGCACUGACACACUUUGGGAGCGAAAAGGACUCCUGAUUACACAUUCCAGAUGACAUAUCUUUGACAACAUCUCGCCAUCUUGUACGAUGACCAACUCAGUACCAUCUCCAGUGCUGAACAACUGAGCAACUUCACAAGUUUCCGGGGAAAAAAAAAAAAAAAGAACACUUGUCUUCACAAAGGACUGAAUGAACAAUGUAGCAUCUCUGCUAACAUAUUGUAGCAUUUGUUGGCUGGGAAAUAACAUGACUUAAUCCAUCAACAGUUCGAAGAGAGAGGAAUUUAUGCAUUCAAAGGAUCUUUAGAUGUCAUUCUCCUCCUGGGUUCCUUUCAAGUGAAGAAAAAAAAUAGAGAUUACUGUACAUGAGAGACAAAGGAUUGGUCUUGCUCAUUAAAACACUGCCCCCCACAAAAGAUGCACUAAAUAAAGUGCAUAUGAAAUCGAUAACAAAUAUAUGUAUGAGUAUUUAACGACACCCAUACUAUAAUCCCUCAUUCAAGUUUAGCACUUGUAUAGCAUCUUUGCCGCUGAACCUAUGUCUUCCAUUCACCUCUAUCAGACUGAAACACUGCCCUCAUAACAAGUACUGAGAAAACAAAAACAGCACUGACUAUGAUGUUGAACAAAUGAGGCACAUGUAGCAUCAGCUCAAACCGGUCAUGUAUAGCACUUACUGUUUCUUUUAGAGUCACCUGACACAUUCACCAUCAGAAAAUGGUGGAAAAAGACUUCUCUUUAUCUCUCAUGUACUGCCACGGGUCGCCCAGAAAUCCAUGUGGGAUACCAAAGGUCCUGUAGCAUGCACUUGCUAAAUGACCUUCUGUAAUGUACAGUAGAUUAAGAGAACUUUUAGGAUGAGGUUUGUACUCAGCCUCGCACUGGCCGUUGCAUCUGUUUGGUACAAAGUCAUUCAUCUAAAAGAACUCUGUUCUUUAACUGCCACUAGCAUCCCAUCACUAUAUGCACAUUUAAAUAUUUGAUAUUAAGUAUUUUCCCCAUGUCUGACUGACACAGAGCUCGGUCAUGAGGAGCAAAAGACUGCCAAAAGGAGACAAAGCUUAAGUCCUAGAGACAGUUGUCUUUCUUCAAUAUCGAAAGAUAUUGGCCUAAUUACAAUGUAAAGAACAUUCCUACCACAAGAACACUUUUUACAUCACAUGAACCUAUCCAUUAUGAAAGGGACCAAUCAGAUAAAUGUUCCCCGUAACACAAAGGCCGACACUGCCAAUUAGGCACAAGAAUUUACAGAUGACUACUGCCCCAUCUCUCUCUUGUCCCUCUUGCUGCCAACGACUGCUUCACAAGCAAGUCGACGUUGAGAUAAGGAUGGCCCACCAACAGAGCCUUUGGCAAAGGGGAAAAUGAGAAGAAUGGACCAAGAGUGGAGCAAAUGUGGAAGUGUACAGAGAGAACAAAUCUAUAUUUUGAUAAACAAAUCAACUAUCCAUGGCAUAGGAGGAAGUUUCUGUGCGGGAAAGGUCCAGAAUGGAAGAAAGAAAAAAAUAAAUAAAAAUCUGAUGCAAACGUUAAAAGAAAAUUGGGCAUCAUGAAAUGGAGUCAAAGUCCUGGGGGAAAGAUGGGAGGUCAAUAUUUUGUCAUGGCGAGUGGAUGAAGUCGUUUUCCCCACAAGCAAAGAGAAAAUGUUCCUCUGAAAGACAAUGAGCGACGACAGACUCUUGCCUAUAAAGAUGCGGGGGAUGACAAAGGAUGGACGCUGAGAUAAACAAAUGAGAAAAAAAAAGAUAAUGCAUUUUUGUAACUUUGUUUACCAGCAUGAAUACUUUGCAUGACUGUCUUUUCUGCAAGCCCUUAGUUGAAGACAAGGGUGCUAGAGAUACAAAAAAAAAAGUAUAUAUAAAAUGAAUUAAAAAAAUGUUAUAUGCAAUUAAUGUUUUAAAAAAGAUUAUAAUGAAAGAGAAGAGCUAUAUUUUGUUUUGAAAAGUUAAAAAAAAUGUGAAUAUUGAAACAUGUAUGUUUGCAAAGUACACCCUGAACUAUGUUUUGUUUGAUGAAAUCUCUCUGCUACUACUGCCCUACAUUCCUCAUUCCAGUGUUUUCCGACCGCUGCCAUAGUUUUACUUUGUUAUGCAUCGAGCACUAUAUUUUUUUCCCAACCAUCCAAUCAACAGCGAUCGUCAAAGACUUUGCCAAGCUAUAGCAUUUGCGCAAAGGAUGUUUGUUGUCAAAAGUCUAUGUUUUCCUCCUUGAAUCAUUUGCACAACUACCGUAGCAGCAGCAGCGACAGCAGCAGCAGUUCUAAAACAACGGCUCUCCAUACCACAACUUUGACUGCUUGAUUAGUACUCAUAGUUUGCUUUUUUCCUUUGGCAAUAAUACAAGAGUUGUCACAUGAUUGUAGCAGGGCAAACGGAGAACCUCGAGAGUAUCUUCAACGCCUCAGUGUUAAAGAGAUUUGUGAAAGGCCUUGGAUAUCCCAUGGCUGGAUUUUGCUGGGAUAGGCAGUUCUGUUCCACUAGUCCUAAGUAGAAAAAUGGGAGUACAAGUCCAGGUUAUCCAAUAAAGACUAAUAACAGACUAUGAAAUAUACUAUAUUGGCGAACAAUCAAGAGAGUUUUCAGGUUUGCAUGGAACCAACUGCCAUUCCAAAGUUUGCGUGUGGCUUAAAGGACUCAGGUGUGUCGAUGGUGUGUGUGGAUGUAGGUGUUUUGCUAUUUUCUUUCUAACAUAAUGAAUUCUAGUAUAUAGACGACGAUGAUGUGAACACCUCACAGUGACGUGUAAAAAACGCAUGCAUUAUGACUUGAUAAUCUCUCGAGGGGGAGCAGAGUCUUGACAUAUCCCCUUAGCCUCCUGUCAUUGUUUGUCAUGAAUCCAGUCUUGAUAACUAUGAACACUGUGCCGUGUCGUAGAGCAGAAACGUCUUCCUCCGAGAGGCAACUGAAAACUACUCACACUCGCAGUGUCAGCAUGAGUGUGUAGAGGUAGCUCGUCUUCGUUUUUUUUUUUAGAUAGUCAGGUCUUUGCAUCCGUCAUUACCCAUGGAGUUACAUGUCAUCCAGCUGGCUAGUUGGCAGCUCAUUACAGCGCACAACGCAGUCAUAUGAGCACCAAUCAAAGAGACCCAGAGCUUCCAAAAUGAUGUCAGUGAAGUACUUUAAGUGUUGCGAGAAAGAGGGGGAUCAGAGAUACCAGUGUCCACCAAGGGAGAUUGGUGUUACAAAAAAAAAAGAGGAAAAAAAUAAGCAUCUCAUUGUUGAGUGCCGUCCAAGCACCUCGACCUUAGUUUGGUGUUUAAAUUGAGUUUCCGGCCCUGCUGGCUCAGGGCUCAGCUCAGGCAGCUGAAUGGUCUUCUGUCCAUUCCUAGUACAUUGCAGUUGGAGGUCCACCGGAAUAAGAGGCUCGAUAGUGUGAUGGAGACUACUUAGGCUAUUCAAGGUUUUACAGGUUCAUGAACUUCUGUCUAUUUGCAAAAAUGGUCCAUGGGAUUUUGUUUUGGUUCCGUAUCUUUUUAAAAAACUCCCAGUUUCAGUUCCCGUUUUGGAAAAGGCAUUAAGCAACUAUGGCUUUGACGGGCACAAAAAUGUUUAUGAAUAUUUCAGAUGGUAACCUUGAGCAAUGGUGUGCACACUUGCAAAAACUUUGUGCUUCACCCAGCUGUUUGUGUUUUCAUGGCCAAGUACUAUGACUUCUCUUCUCUUUUCUUCUUUUUCCAAUGUUGAUUUUACCAUUUCUUCAUUCUCUACAUUGUGACUGCUCUGCCAAAACCAGGCUGAAAAAAAAAGAUGUCUUUCCUUUUCUAUUGCAUAAUACUGCCAUUUGAUUUAGUCGUGUUGAACAGAAUGAGUUACAAUGUUGAGAGUGCUAAGUCUGUUUUAAUUUUCUUCAAGUUUGCAAUCUGUUAUGACAUGUUAAAGAUUUCCUGUUUAACACUCACAUAACCAAAAUGACAAAGAUGCUUUUCAUGGUAUGUAGGUGCCACUGUUAAAGCAACGGCUACUUUGUGUUUUAACAAUAUAAUGACAUGUCCUCUCCAAGUGUUUGGAAGGUGUUAUGUAGUCUGUGGAUGACAUUCUAUUUACUUUCUUUGUGUGCCUGUUUAUGUUGAAUAUGUUUUUUUUUUUGUUUUUUUUUAAUUGAGGACAUUGUAUGCAAUCUGCACCACGAAUGCCACUGAUCGACACUCACUGUAUGCUCCCUGGGACGCAGAUGUUCUGUCAUCAGUUCAGAUGAUUGCAAACACAUGUGCAGUGGCUUUAUUGCUCUCCAUAGAGUGACUUAGCAAUCACACUAAUCUAAAAAUAUUUUGUUUUACAAAGUGAUAAGACCAGAGUUGAUUUAGAGGAAGCACUAUCAUACUGAAUAGAUUUUUCUUAUAUAUUUAAUAUCUUAUUUUAAUCAGAAAUUAUGUGACUAACACCACAGAAGUCAUAUACAUGCGUCUAAUAUUACAGACUAACACCAUGUAUUCAAGUAAGCAUUCCAAAGAUAAAAGAUGUUUGUUCAUUUUACAUACCAUCAAAUUGUGUAAAACAGACUUAGGUACUUGUCCAUCGUACUACAGUCUUAGUAGGAGAGUGAAUGGGGGGGGGGAGGAGAUGGUCUCUGGAGUAUCUGGUUGUGACUUAUGCCGGAUUUUAUUUUUUUGAAAUGUUGGAACACAAAGAACAAACUCAUCAAGAACUGUAUAAAGUAUAUUUCAAUGGAAUGUUCAUGAUCUAUCUUUUUAUAUUUUGAAGAAAAAAAAAAUGGAAACAUAUCAAUAAAGUGUCAUAAUUGAGCAUAUUUCUACUAUUGAGACUUAAAAUGUAUGAAUGUCAAUGCGACCUAAUGUGAACCAAUCUCCAUAGCAGCUUGAAUGAACAACUGGUUAACAUUCAUGAGAUGCUUUUUCAGAGACAUUAAAAUUGCUUAAAAUCAUUGAAAUGAACUUAAAAUAAAUGAAAAAAGUGACAUCAA